AAGCAUCACCAUGGAUCAGCCAGCCAGCAGUUGCAUGCGGAGCACGCAUCCAAGCAACCCAAUCUGGGGCUGCAUGAGGAACCCUCACUCAGGGGUUCCUGGAGCCAACCUGCAGUCCCCCUACCAACAAGCCCCCUUCUCCUUGCACCAGAAACCAGAGUUUUUAGCCUACACAGAUUUCUCCAGCUCCUGUUUGGUGCCACAUGCCGCAUUCCCGCGCGAUGACAGACUCUACCAAGACACCCAAGGUGGCUAUCAAAGACCCGACUGGCAGUUCAACCCAUGCGAGAAUCGUGUGAGGGCGCCAGAGCCCUGCCCGCCCGUCAUCUCGCCCGCCGGCACCGAUGCAGGAGUGAGCAUCGGGUCCGAGCUGGACACUUCUGGAGGCGAUCGACCCAGCGGAUGCCUGGAAGGAGAAUAUUCGCCGCAAAGCGUGGCGUCAUCGGUGGACUCGGACAAGAAGAGCUCCAACAAGAGGAAGAGAGACGUGACAGAUGUGCAAGAUUCCAGCUUCAAGGUGGACUCCAGCUGCAAGGCUCGGAAAGAGAGAACGGCUUUCACUAAAGAGCAGCUAAGAGAGCUGGAAGCAGAGUUCACUCACCACAACUACCUGACCCGACUCCGUCGCUAUGAGAUUGCAGUCAACCUGGACCUCACAGAGAGACAGGUGAAAGUCUGGUUCCAGAACAGAAGGAUGAAGUGGAAGCGAGUUAAAGGCGGACAGUCCGCUUCACCCAACGACCUGGAGAACGACGACAUUGACUCGGCGGCUUCACCAAGCUCGGAAUAA